UCUCUCUCCCCCCCCCUCCCUGUCUCUCUCGCUCUCUGUCUCUCUCUAGUUUAAUUAGAGUUCAUUGGCAAGGCUAAUUUUAGCCCAACUUCUCACUGUUUGUAAGAUGCUUACUGCUUAUUGCAGCUACUUAAGUGAUCAUCCCCCACUCUGUUACUCUCUGUUACCCCUCUAUUCAUCCCCCACUCCGUUACUCUCUGUUACCCCUCUAUUCAUCCCCCACUCCGUUACUCUCUGUUACCCCUCUAUUCAUCCCCAACUCGUUACUCUCUGUUACCCCUCUAUUCAUCCCCCACUCCGUUACUCUCUGUUACCCCUCUAUUCAUCCCCAACUCGUUACUCUCUGUUACCCCUCUAUUCAUCCCCCCACUCCAUUACUCUCUGUUACCCCUCUAUUCAUCCCCCACUCCGUUACUCUCUGUUACCCCUCUAUUCAUCCCUCACUCCAUUAUUCUGUUACUCCUCUAUUAGUCCACCUCUCUGCUACCUUUUCUGUUCACCCUUCUCUUCAUUCAUCUCCCCAUUAUCCUUCUCUUUACCCAAAUGAAUCCACAAAAACAAACUGGUAUUCCUCUUCAUUCUAUAUCUCUAACCUCCUCCCCUUUCCCUGUGCCUCCCCCUGUCAGCCCUGCGUUAACCAGAUUACAGAGGAUUUUCUGCUAUUAACACGCUGUUGGGGCCAUGGCCUAGCAGUGUAUUGUGGUGUCCAGCUUAGCCACACACACCAAACAGAUGGUACAAUAUGAGAGGGAAAGAGAGCGAGAACUACCUCACCACUGAUCUGGGUAGAGGGAAACAGGCAGCGAUGUGAUCGGACAAAGGCCCAGCACGCAGCAGCAAAUCCAACCUGAAAGUGUCUAGCUAUAGCCUCCAUAUUCUAUAGCCUCCAUCUUCUAGCCUUAGCCUAUCUAUACUUCCCCUUGUCUCAACCCAACCCUCUGUCCCAGCCUCUAUUCUACCCCAGCCCUCCUCUGGUACUCCCUGGCCUGGCUCCUGAGUGAGCCUCCACUACCCCCUGCUCCCCAUGGCAGGUAUCAUGGACCCUGAGGAUACAAUUGGAACAGAACCCAAGGACGAGGAUAUCAUGGAACCUGAGGAUAGAAUUGGAACAGAGCUGGAGGAUAGAAUCGUAAUGGAACCUGAGGAUAGAAUUGGAACAGAACUGGAGGAUAGAAUUGGAACAGAACUGGAGGAUAGAAUCGUAAUGGAAACUGAGGAUAGAAUUGGAACAGAACUGGAGGAUAGAAUUGGAACAGAACUGGAGGAUAGAAUUGGAACAGAACUGGACAAUAGAAUCGUAAUGGAACCUGAGGAUAGAAUUGGAACAGAACUGGACAAUAGAAUCGUAAUGGAACCUGAGGAUAGAAUUGGAACAGAACUGGAGGAUAGAAUCGUAAUGGAACCUGAGGAUAGAAUUGGAACAGAACUGGAGGAUAGAAUUGUAAUGGAACCUGAGGAUAGAAUUGGAACAGAACUGGACGAUAGAAUUGUAAUGGAACCUGAGGAUAGAAUUGGAACAGAACUGGACGAUAGAAUUGGAACAGAACUGGAGGAUAGAAUCGUAAUGGAACCUGAGGAUAGAGUGUUCAUUGAUCCAGAAGGUUCAGAUGCUGAGGAGCCAGAUGGGAUUCUCAAUGAGCCAGAAGAUCCAGAGGAGCAACAGGAGGAAGAUGAUGAAGAGGAUAAUGAUAACAUAUUUGCCACACUGAUGGGCCGCUACAAGAAAGCAGCAGAACAGGAGGACAAUGAUAAAGGGGUGGAGAAAAGAGAGGCAGUGAUAGAGGAGAGGAAGAACAGCUUCGAACGACAAGCUCCACCACGGGCUGACCGGCGGCAAUCCCUACCCUGUCCGGCUCAACUCACAGCGAUGAUGCAGUUGUCUCAUCUCCACAACGCUACCAGGGCCCCGUCACCCGCCAGGCCAAACUCCCUGCAAUGCAUCUCGUCCACUGAGGAUCCUGGCUGCCCGAAACCAGCCAAUAUGGAGCGACGAUCCUCCAUGAUUCCAUCCACCAUUCCAGAGCUGGCCGGAAUGCCAAAGAUUAAAAUGCAAACACGGUUCCGCAGGCGGAAUGUCAUGUCUCUGGUAGGCUUGCGAGCGACGCCGAUCGUGUGUGUCUCAUCUGCCAUGAUGACCUGCACAGAGGAGGGAGUGGAAUCAGGACGCUGCACUGCUCUCAUAGCUUUCACAGUGAGUGUAUAGAGGAGUGGCUGUGGAGGAAGCAGGCGUGUCCUACGUGUCGUGUGCAGGUGGUGCUCUUGCCAGAACCACUCUACUGGAGCUCCACUCGGGUCAAAGUACCCUGACAACCACGUAGAACAGUCUAGAACUGGACAGAACCAGCUACAACAGCCUAGAACUGAACAGAACCACCUAGAACAGCUUAGAACUGCCCAGAACUGUCUAGAACUGGACCCAACCUCCCACAACUGCAUAUAGCUGGAAAGAACAACAUAGAACUGCCUAGACCCAGACAGAAAUACACAGAACCGGGAAGAACUACCCAGAACUGCAGAGAACCCAUGAAGAACUGCAGAAAAACACUCAGAACUGCCUAGAGUAAUGAACCGUUCAGAACUGUCUAGAUACAGACAGAACUUAUCCCUCAAAUCUCUAUCUAGAGUGCUGUGCUUCUCUGUAUUCUCCCAAAUCCCAAUAAUCCAGUAUCUUCUAAAAUUGUUUGUGUGAUAGUGUAUGAGUGAAAUGUAUGGAUUUUUUCAAAGGUUUUUCUUAUAAGGAUUGAUUCAACCUGUGUUUAUCUCAAGAUUUAACGUUUGUUUAGUCGAUUAGGGCAUUUACAUUUUUACAUUGUAUCCUAUCUUUGUCUUUGUUUUUGCCAAGUCCUUGAAUAAAAUACUUGGUUGUUCUAAUUGUAAAAUGCA